AUGGCUAGACAAUUCAAGAUUCCUCCCCAGGAUCGUUUCCUAGGCCAAACGACCAGUCUAUCUUUUCACAUUAGGACGAUUAACAAGGUAGUGAAAGAGAAGCUUACUCCCACUCAACUUGCCCUCUUCAGAAAGACGGUAUUUAGGCGAUUCAUGGACAUCUACAUUAUCUUCAACAGUCCUUUGGCCCAUUACAUUCUAUUGAGGGAGGUUGAAGACAAUAGAAAUGAUGCAAUGAAAUUCAAUUUGAAUGAUACGAUUGUAACAUUCACCAAAGAAGACUUCCUACUGGUGACGAGAUUGUGGCGGUCAUUUAAUCCAGUAGAUGUGAGGAGGGUUGAAGUAACUAGAUCACUACGUAAUAGGUACUUAAAGAAUGAUUUUGCAGGGGACAUUCAUAUUUGUACCUUAGAGACAGUGUACAAGGAGAUGGAGUUUGAGAAUGACAUGGAUGCUGUGAAGAUGACAUUGGUCUAUUACACUGAAUUGGGUAUGAUGGAAAAGGAGAAGACGAAGACAAUGCUGACAAGACCUUAUUAA